UUGGUGAGCGCCUCUGCUGGCCUUCGAAAUGGGUUCGACUGCUUAGCCCUGAUUUCUCCACUGGCUCCUCUGCGCAUCCAACUUUUUUUUUUCUCCACAAAGAAAAGUGUGUUCGCGAUGACAUUUGGAGGUGAAUUGGCAGACACGGUCAGCCAGGUGAUUUCAGAACUGGUUCCUGUGCGGGCUGACUGGCCUGCAAGUGUUGCUUCCUGUGCAGUACAGUAAAGCCACUGGCCUGGUCAGACGAUUGCGAUGAAACCAGCUCAGGAGCGCAACCAGGAGUGCCUGCCUCCCAAGAAGAGGGACCUCCCACUCAGUAACAGCAGUGGAGCCGGAGGGAGCGGAGGAGCUGGGGCUGCGGGUGGUGUUGGUGUCAGUGGUGCUGCAGUGGGUAUUGGAGAAAAUGAAGUGGUUUCCAUCCAGACCUCUGCAGCCAACAGCGACACACAGGGAGGGAACCAAUCUGGAGAGUGGCUUCGAGUUCAGCAAGGACUUCAUUAUGGAGUGGAUAACUCUGAUGGCAUACCUGCAGUCCCUGUUGACCAGUACAGUAUGCUCUACAAAGUGGCUCUUCCAUCUGUCACCUAUUCACCUACCAGUCUUCACCCAGUGUUAAGCCACAUCUCUCCAGCCUACACGGUUCAUUCUCCUCUCCUGCAGCACCCAGGCCUUUCCUACCCUCCUCUUGGUUAUGCCCAGAUCCCUCAUUCCUCUCUACAGUUCGUUAGUUCCCCUUAUGCAGCAGUACCUUACGCUCUAGCCCCUGGCUUUGUCCCAGGAUCAUUAAUCUCUCCUUCAGGCACCAUCCCUCAGCCCCACUCUGUGUCCCACCUUAUUCCCUAUCCAUCUGUCAUACAGGAAGGCGUUGUUUCCCCACCUCCCCAGGCCCAGGUAGCUGCUCAUACCUUUGCCAAAGUUGCAGCAUCCAGUGGCGUCCCCAUGAUGCUGCCUUCAGAGCAGGAUACCCAGCAGCAUCUCGGUACCAUAGGAGUCCUGUCCGCAACUGAGCUCAGCUCCCGAGGGAUGCCAGUCUUCUACCACCCUCAGGGAACCAGGGGUGCCACUGCCACCCGAGACCCCCACAGUGCCCAGCAGGAGAAUGAACCAGAAAUGAAUGGAAGGGAUAAAGAGCAGGGAGCCAGGGAGCUCGUACCAGACUCGGCCUACACUCUCAGAAACGCACGUCUGCUGCAUGUAGCAUCCGGCUCUGCAGCACAGGAGCACAGCCAUGACAGAGGCCUGCAGAACCGAAGGCUGGAGGAGAGGAGCUCGCCUGGCCAGCGCAGCACUCCGGACAGCGAUUUGGAGGUGCAGCAGGUGGUUGGUCGCUUUGCUGCUUCCAGCCAAGGUGGUAGUGGGGUGCGCAAAGAGGUCUCCUUUGCUCCCUUGAACCUCUCUCAGGGUGCCCAGAGUUACAGGGACGUCCAUGGAGAGAGCACGGGCAUCAUUUCCAGCCGGACUGCGUACGCGGUGCAGCCUGCGAGCUACAGUGACCCCAGAGUGACCGGUUUCCAGCAGCAAACGGGACAACAUGCUGUUGUGCUUGCCAACGGACAACCAGUUCUUAUUCCCCUGGAAUAUCACCCGCAGCAUCAGCCCCACCCACCCCAGCAACACUACACAGAACCGGCUAAUGAUUUCUCAGCCAGCCAUGCUCCUACCACCAUGGCCUCCAUUUACCAAAACUUUAAAGCCUCCGAUUCUUCAGCCAGAGUGUGCCUCUCUGAAAGGGCGGAGCCGCCCACAGCUCAGCAGCAGCUUGCUCAGCAGCAGCUUGUCCAGCAGCAGCUGGCCCAGCAUGCUCCUGUCCAGCCUACAGCAGAUGUGAUUCAGGCCUUAGCCCCGAGCGUCGCUCCUGCCCCGACUCCCUGCAACCCGUCCCACUUCAUGAAGGGGGCUAUUAUCCAGCUGGCUACCGGGGAACUGAAGCGAGUGGAGGACCUGCAGACUCAGGACUUUGUGCGAAGCGCAGAAGUGAGCGGGGGGCUUAAGAUUGACUCCAGCAUGGUGGUGGACAUCCGUGCCAGCCAGCAGAGACCAGGUCUUGUGUCGCUUCACUUCACUGUGGGUGAGCAGCAGAGCAAAGUGACCAUUGACGUGCCCCCGGAGCAUCCCUUCUUUGUGUUUGGACAGGGAUGGUCGUCCUGCAGCCCUGAGCGCACUGCCCAGCUCUAUGGCUUGGCCUGCCAUCAUCUGCAAGUAGGAGAUGUGUGUGUGUCGGUCACGCUGCAACAGCAGCAGCAGCAGCAGCUUAAGCCACAGCAGCAGAAACAGCCACAGCACAAUCAUUCACAGCAGCAGCAGCAACAGCAGAACCUGUCCCGGACUUUGAGCAAAAGCAACACUGCACCAGGCCCCGGUCACCAGCUCAUGGGGCCUCCUGCCCCUCAGCAGUCACGGCCUCAGUCUCAUUUUAGGAUAGACCGCAUCCACAGAGAAAGACAGAGGGAUGGGGAGAAAGAUGUGGCCGAUAAGGAUGAAGCCACACAUCUGGGGGUUGUUGGCCACAUGGAGUCGCCCAUCAGACCAAGUAGGACGUCAGCUGAGCAUCCGAGGAGCCAGAGCAGUUACCACUUGCACACAGAGGGCUCUGCUUUUGCAGGGGCAGGGAUGGGAGCGAUGCAUGCUGCGAUAGGUGCUUCUCAGAGGCGCUGGUCCUCACCUGGCCUCCAAAGAUACAGUAUGAAGGGUGACGAAGGGCCACGCCCUCAGAUAAGCGCCUCCAACCACACAAGGCCCUCUUUCAUCCCCCAGGAGGUCAAACUGUCCAUUGAGGGGCGCUCUAAUGCAGGGAAGUAGCUUCACAUUUGGUAGCAACUGUAGAAGAGACUGCCAUAAGUAAGAAUGAGUCUGACAAGGAGAGAAAGAGGAAAAAAAGAGUGUGAAUGUAGCCUCAGAAUGUUUGAGAUUUUGCACACCUAAAAUAUACAAAAAGAUCUUUCUCUAUCUGGUGAGAAGUUCUGGUUUGUUUUGGUUGUCACUCGGCCAAAGGAUCCGAGCCAGUGCUCUCCCAGCCAGCUGAGGGCCGACAGGGACACGAGAAGCUGAGUAGAAAGUAUGUAGCUGAUGAAAUGCCUACCAUGGUCCCUACACACCGCAUUUCUCUUCCUCCCUCCCUCCUUUGUCGCCACUUCCUCAUACCCACGCUUGGAGUUUACCAUCUCUCGCUUCCUUCAUGACCAAACCGUCUCUGUGGAAGACCACGGACAACUAAAGAAUGUGUUCGUAGCACAGUAAAGCUACCAACUCUGCAAAGAUCACAGCCAGCGAUCUUUUAUCCAGGAUCCUGUUUCCUUCAGAAGCGUUUACCCCCCUUCCCAAAAAAAAAUAAAAAUAAGUGUGGAGUUGCUGACAUCAGCUGCUCCUGUGGUGGUGAUGUUGGCACCGUUGACGCUAACUGUCAGUGCAUGUUACAUUAUGCUUCUCCGGCAGGAGUGUAAAACCUCUGCCGUCUGCAGACACACUUUCUCUCCUUCCUUUUCAUGAGGCCGGUGAUUCUCUUCUCUCUGAGGCCAAGUGCGGCUCCUGCUUGUCUUACAAUCGAAAUACUGAUAAACCAAUCAAUAAUAGUCUGUUUGUUUAGCAAUCAGUUUCCCCCCCACCCCCCAAAAAGUUUUGCUUUCAUUACACACCAUGGUGUCCUCUGGUGUCGUUCAAGGGCCCUAAAGAGUGUGUGUGUUUGUGUGUCUGUGUGUCUUUGCAUGAAUGUUGCAGAUUGGAAUUUUUUCCAUUUUAAGAACUAGAAAUAUCUUCCAUUCCAGUAUCGUCAGUGAGAACAUCCAUCAUUCAUGACAAUCAUUUCCCAUGUUGAGCGACGCCCUCCCUCCUCCUCCUCAAAGCUUUUCCCCGACCAGACAUGACACUGAAUGCAAUUUUUUGGAGUCGCUGGCUGGUCAUCACCAAAGCCUCCUGCACCAGGGAGACGUCACUUUGUCACAUCACUGGCUGCAGCCCACUUGAACCCUGAACCCCCAGAAAAGUGUCAGGGCCUUGUAGUUUGGUCUUGGGGGGAAACUGUGUGACGAGGUGUUUUGCUUUGUCCUCGUUCUGAGUUUCUCUCGCUCAGUUACCAAAUUAUAGCAAUAGUUCUUUUACAGCUCGUGGCUUUACUACCUUCUAAUCUUUCAUUGUGGGCUGUUAUUAUUUAAUUUUUUUUAGAUUUCUAUACAUCUGAGGUCUGGCCCUCGUUUUACCCAUUUUUAAAGAUGAUGCACUAUUCAUUCACAUUGAUUCGUCAGAGUUCUAAAAAAAAAAGGAAAGAAAAAGCACAGCCUCCUGACAGAUUUCUCAAGAAAUCAUUGUAGAUAAAACUUCUCCUCUCCUGAUUUACCGUCUCGCUGAUGAUCUUUUAUUUUGUAAGCAUUUGCUCAAGUGCAUCUCCAAGAGAGGCUUGACUCUAAUCAAGUUGUGAUCAUUAUCAAGUUCUCUCCUCUUUUGUUUUAACAUAUACGGCCCUUCGCUUUUUUUUACUCGGAUAUCUUAUCCAGCGUAUCUUAAUGGUUGUCUUGUGUUGCACAUUGAAAAUGUCACUCGUUGAUUUGACACUGACCUUGUUAAUGGGAAUCACAGUACAGUAGGUGUUUGUUUUUUAAUGAAGGGAAUAUGUUUGAAGUAUUGUUUCAUGGUGAGAGAGAGAGAAAACUGACUCGCAUUUUCUCUGUUUACAAAUUAGCCAAGACGAAUGCUGCAGUUGCCUCCUCCUAUCGCCUCCUCAUCACCCAAAGACAAAUCUAAAGGGGUGAAAUUUGAAAUAAGUGCAAUUAGACCACGCAUAAAAUCGUUGAACGGUUUAUAAUCAGGCAGCAUUCCUCACGCAGACAUUCCCAUCACAAAAUGUACAUCACACAUUACCAGUUCUCUUUUUUCCUUUGAACUAACCUCUGUCACAAACAUUCUUUUUUUGGUUCAUUCCUUUCCCCAGUUAGUUACAUGGUCAACGGUUUUGUGUUGUUGCAAAUCUCUGAACUAGUUUGUCCAUCAGCCUCAAGACACAGUGUGUGUUCGUCACCUCGGCCCUGAGCCCCUCAUGGUUCCCUGAGCAGACCCCCUGACCCUCUGUCAGCGGGUAGAGGGGCUAUGAGAGAAGCGUCGGGGCCUCGCCUCUCCUCCUGUGGUGCCGUGACUACGAGCAGCCUUAAAAGACGGGUCCACAUUUUUCCAACUCCAUUUUAAAGCGAUCCUCACAUGCCCACAAAGACAUUACUGGUCGCUGUAAACAUUCCUCCUCCUCCUCUUACUGGCUGUGAAGAUUUUCCCUCCUGAUGUUUGACAUAUGGGACAAAAUUGGCUUUUUAUGUCUUUGUGGAGUUAAGUACUCAAAGUUGAUUUUGAGGCUCCAGCAGGGAAAGACAAAUGAAGUGGGAAUCUUCCAGUGUUUGAUGUUAUGAUACAGUAUUCACUCAUCAUGUUACUGUUCCUCCGCUAGCAGACUUCUUCUUCCUGGGAGACACGAAGGGGGACAUUCUAAAGAGAUUCACCCACGUGACUUUCUGACAGACUUUGAACUUCAGCAUUCACACAGAACUCAGACUCCUGUGUCCCACCUGGUUCCAGGUGCUGUUUCUGUUUGGCCACUGUUGUAAAGACGCUGCAGGAGCGAGACGCCGGUAUGGAGGCAGAUGCUUUUCCUCGGAGCUCCUGUGGAAGUUGUCAAGAUCACUUUAGAGAUAACGGAGGAGAAAGAAGUGUGUACGCUGAAGCUCCUCCUUCGUUUUCUGGCUCCGAGCGUUAACAUCGUGGCUCACUCAAUGCCAGCAGCCUGGCUACUGUCCAAAGCAGAAAACAACUGUUAAAUUUCCAGUUUCACUCUUAGCUUUUUUUUUUUAAAUUCCUACAUCAACGGGAUUCUUUUUCUUUUGUGAGGUUGAGUAGUUUUUGUCAAUUCGGCUGUUUCCCGGACACGAGGAGAACAAUAUUCUCUUCCUUGUUUUGGUUACGCAACGGGUGACACAGUUCCUUUGUGCCGCGAAUCGAGCCGUCAUUUUUUCCAGAAAGCCUUGUCCCGGUGGUCAAGAGAAUAACUCGGUGAAAGAAAGACCUGUAGGAGACCAAUCGAAGUGCGGAUGCAACAGCUUUAACAUCAUAAUGACACGUUUAAGCCCAAAAGUUGUCUAAUUCCCGGUUUAAACUGGAAUCACAGUUUAAGAGAUUUCCAAAAGGCCAGUAUGAAAAAGAGGAGGAGCGUUUACAAUGACAAAUCUUUCAAUGUACGUAAGGACAAACUAGUAUUCCAGUAAGAUAGACAUGCUGUCAAAUGGGAGAUUUGUCAUUCAGAGAAAUUGUUUUACGUACAGUUGAAACCAUCGCAAAAUCAGAAGUUCUCUUUUUUUCUCUUGCUCUAAGCAAUACACAUGACAUCUGAUAACAUUUCAUGAAGUCUUGGCAUCUUCUAUGCAGUAACCUCAGUAUUGUGUCCGUCAUCGUCUUAAGGGCAGCUUGCCAGAUGCAGUCGUUUCCCGCUAAUGUCUGGUUAUAGGAUUUAUUUCUUGAAAAUGCUUUUUUUUUUUUUUUUUUUAAAUGUAGGGAUAAAAACCAGUAUUUUGUGUCGUUACUUUUUACUAUUCAGUGCUCCACAACUUUCCUCGCUCUAGCACACUGACACAUCAGUUCAUCGUCUCGCGAUGCUACACAGUCGGAACCAAAUCACUUGAGACGAGCGUCACUCGCAUUUCCACGUCUCUAGUCACCAUUAUUUUUUGGUACAAUUGCCAAGCCACUUCUACAUGUGUAUUAUUAGGUCAAGGUUCAUUUUAGUGGGAUUUAAAUGGUGCAAACAGUGCCUCCUGUGACAUUGACCUCCUGUUGAUUCUCACAGCAAAACCACCCUGUGCAGCCAUGAGCCUUUUUACAUUUCGCCCCGUGUGUGUGUGUGUGUGUGUGUGUGUGUGUGUGUGUGUGUGUGUGUGUGUGUGUGUGUGUGUGUGUGUGUGUGUGUGUGUGUGUGUGUGUGUGUGUGUGUGUGUGUGUGUGUGUGUGUGUGUGUGUGUGUGUGUGUGUGUGUGUGUGUGUGUGUGUGGAGCAGGAGGGCUCCACUUCUACCGAGAUGUCCAGUGAAUCGUGUUUUACACCUCUGAUCGUCUGUUGCUGUCCGUAAUUGCACUAAACGCUCUCCUUCACAGUGUUUUUAAAAUGAAAACAAGUUGACAAAUUGAAGCCUUACAAAAAUGUAAAGCACACAAAAAUCAUGGAGGAGUAAUCACAGGUUGUGUGUUUCUGUAGAUAGGUUUUAUUUUUUUUGUAUAGAUUUCAUAAUGCUUGUCAAUAAUGGCUUAAAUUCUGCUGUGUACAAUGUGUGAAAGUGAAAUAAUGGAAUAAUGCUUCUGGUCGACUUGUUAUCAGGAGAAUCUCACAGACCAACAGAGAAUCUCUCUGGUCCCCAGACGGUUCAACCAUGAAAUCUGUAACUUUUUGUUACUUUUUGUGUGGGUUUCCUUUUGUUUUGUUCAUUUUCUUAAUCUGUUUUCUGCCAUAUAUAUAUAUAUAUAUAUAUAUAUAUAUAUAUAUAUAUAAUUUUUUUUCAUGGUUUUUCAAUGUUUUGAAGUGAAGUAAAUUGAAUCUCUUCUUUGCACUUUUUUUUUGUUUUUUACAAGAAAAUUCCAGGAGCGUCUGCAACGGAGGUCUGUCCAUUAAUUUCCAUGCGCGCGCACACACACACACAUUUGUUUUUAUUGUUGUUGCACAAGCUCUGUAUUUUAAUUUUAUUUUUUUCUCCCUGGAAUUAAUGGAUUGUGUUUGGGGUCUUGUGUUUAGUGCGACAGUCACUGGACAGCAGACGAUGGGUUUUAAUACAGACGCAGGCGGGCUGCAUGAAUCAGAUGUGUAGCUUUCACUCGUUGGUAAAUGUGAUGGUUUCUAAUGUUUUGUGACGUUGGCAGUGGGUAUCUUACCUCCCAGCGUGAUCUGCUUCCUGUUUGAAUUGAGGGCGGCGUUGGUGUCGCUGAUGUUGACUUAAAUCAGGAGAAUAGAACGGUUAAAAGUUUUAAAGAAGUCUGUAUUUUCAGAUUUGACAUUGUACCUUUUUUUUUGGCACAAGGUGACACUGCUUUUUAUGUGACGUGUAAUUAUUGAGAAACAAAACAAAAAACAGCAUUUUUUUUUUUUAAUGCCUAAAUCUGCAAAAUAUAUGCAAUGAUGUAUGUGUAACAUUCAAUCCUCAAGUAUAAUCCAGGUUGUAUGAACUUUGUAUAGUGAGUUUUAAUAUUGUAAGGCCGUACCAAUAUGUAUUGAUCUUUAUCAGAAGCCUUAGAGUUGUCAACCCAAAGUGCUCCCUUAGAAUAUACCCCACACCUACCUGACUUUAACAAAGCAUUAAUAUCUCUAUUUUGUUGCAUUUUUAUUUGUACCCUUUUUGAAUAAAAUAGAUUUGUACUGUAUAUUUGUACCUCUCUGUGAACUACUUAGGGCGGUUUUUGUUCUGUUCUCUUUUGUUCUGUUUUGCUGUUUUACUUCUAUGUAAGGACACAAAGAUAUUGUAUUUUUAUUGUUACAGCUAACUUGGAGACAUUGCAUUUAUCAUGUUUGUUAAGUAAACAAUAUAAUAUAUAUAUAUAUAUAUAUACAAAUAUAAAUAUAAACUAUUAUCAAAAUGGUGUGCUGUGUUUCUUUAGUCGCAUUUAUUCUCUUGUUUUAGUUUCUGUUCCGUGGUGGAAGAAAUACUGAUCUUUUACAGUGUAAGAGUUAGAUGUGGCAUUUUUGGUUUAAAUUUGUUUUUGUUCUUAGGGGAGCUAAUU